UUCAUUUGGCAUAAUAUCAAAAAUCGUGACAUCAUGAAUUUAAAUGUGGAAAACAAAUCUGAAAAUAUCAUAAUAACGUUAUUUUGAGUACAAUCCAUACCUUAGACGGCACUGGUUAGAGUAUAGUAAUAUAAAUUCAGGAACGCUAUGACGAUUGGUGUGAAUCAUUGUCGUAUAAAAGCGGCGACCGGUUUAUUUUGGGUGGAUCAGAUUUAUUUUUCAUUUGAUAUAUUAUGGUUUAUCAAAUAUUUUAAAAGUAUUCAUAAUAAUUAGCAACUCUGAGAUUAAAUAUAAUCUAGACUGCAGGAUGAGUAUUAAACUUAUAAACAGUAAAAGUCAAGAUUCAAAAAUAUUCUUAUUUCAGUCGCGCUCAUUUCAACACGUCAAGGGUGGGGAAUCUAUUUAUAAAACGGGGAUGGUCCACGCGACGCCCACGUUGACUGUGGACACGUGCAGAUAUGUCUUUUCGUGUAGUGCGCAGCAGCAAGUUCCGCCACGUGUACGGAACGGCUUUGAAACGUGAACAAUGUUACGAUAAUAUAAGGGUGUCUAAAUCUUCAUGGGAUUCAACUUUCUGUGCUGUAAACCCCAAAUUCCUCGCUAUCAUCGUAGAAUCUGCAGGCGGUGGUGCUUUUAUAGUCUUGCCGCAUAACAAAGUAGGUCGAAUACCAGCUGAUUAUCCUUUAGUUGGUGGACAUAAAGGCCCUGUCUUAGACAUUGCAUGGUGUCCUCACAAUGAUAAUGUCAUAGCAUCUGGUUCAGAAGAUUGUGUAGUUAAAGUAUGGCAAAUACCUGAUGGAGGUAUUUCUAGGACAUUAACUGAAUCUGUGGUAGAUCUUCAGUUACAUCAACGUAGAGUUGGUCUUGUAUUAUGGCAUCCAUCAGCAUUAAAUAUAUUGCUCACAGCUGGAUCAGACAAUCUUGUAUUGAUUUGGAAUGUAGGCACAGGAGAAGCCAUAGUACGAAUAGAUUGUCAUCCAGAUAUGAUUUACUCUGCAUGUUGGAAUUGGGAUGGAUCCAAAGUAGUUACUACUUGUAAAGAUAAAAAAAUUAGAAUCUUAGAUCCAAGAAAUGGAGAAAUAUUAGAGGAAGCUAUUGCACAUGAAGGUAGUAAAGCUACACGUGCAAUUUUUCUAAGGGGAGGCUUGAUCUUUACCACAGGUUUCAGUAAAAUGUCUGAGAGGCAAUAUUCUCUGCGUGCUCCAGAUAUGUUAGGUGAACCUAUAGUAAUGGUAGAAUUGGAUACAAGUAACGGAGUUAUGUUUCCUUUAUAUGAUCCCGACACAAAUUUAGUAUAUUUAUGCGGAAAGGGUGAUUCUGUAAUUCGAUAUUUUGAAAUUACUCCUGAACCUCCUUUUGUUCAUUAUAUCAAUACAUUUCAAACUCCUGAUCCUCAACGAGGUAUAGGAAUGAUGCCAAAACGAGGCUGUGAUGUUAAUAGCUGUGAAAUAAUUAGAUUUUACCGGCUCAACAAUUCAGGUUUUUGCCAGGUUAUAUCUAUGACUGUACCAAGAAAGUCUGAAUUAUUUCAAGAAGAUUUAUAUCCUGAUACUCCUGGUGAUACUGCUGCAAUUUCUGCUGAAGAAUGGGAAAAUGGAAUGGAUGCAGAUCCCAUUUUAAUUUCUUUAAGAGAUGGCUAUCAACCCUCAGUUGCUAAGAAUGAAUUAAAAGUACAUAAGAAAUCAAAUAUAUUAAGCAAAGGAGCAAAAGUUGCUUCUUCGAAUUCUGCACAAAAUGCUAUACAAUCUUCAACAGGCAUCACUGAGGAGCUUUUAAAGGAAUUUACGGAAGAAAUAAGAAAACUUAAAGCGGUAAUAGUAAAACAUGAAGGUAGAAUACGGGUGCUUGAAUCUGCAGUUGCUCUUCAUAUGAAAGAAGAUGAAAAAAAAGAAAAGUCAUCUUCGCCUACUGAUAGAGAGGUGCUUGCAUCGGACGAGGUGUAAUUCUUAACUUGCGUUUUAAGAUCACGAUACAAAAAAAAAAUAUAAUUGUGUAAUAAAAAUGGUCAUAUAUUUUGAUAUAACAAUUUGUGUAAAUAGUAGGUUUUAGCUAUUGUGUGUUCUGAUCUUUUUUUUUUUUUUGCAAUGACUUUUGCUAUUUAUUCUACAUUCAUUCAUCAUCCUGAUCAUUUGUACUAUGUUUACAUCUUUUAUUUUACAUCUUUUAUUAGAUCAUAACUGAAAUGUAACAUUACUCGUUACUAGUAUUAAGAUUUCGAAUUUUAUUUUAUGUCAAGUAUACAAGAUUUUUAUGUAUAUUCAAGCUUAUAAUUAUUCAGGAUAAAAUUAAUGUCUAAUUUAUAGAAAUAUUUUGCUGUAAAAUAACAAAAAAUUAUUUUAUUUCUAAUAUGAAUACAUAAUUCGCAUGUUAGUCAUAUUGUAUAAGAUAACAAAAAAGAAGAGUCACUAUUUUACGAACAAUUUGCAAAUAAUAAAAUAUAUUAGUAUUUUUGACUAAUCUGUUUUUUGACAUUGUGAAAAAAAAUUAUUUGUUUUGUACAAAAAAUGUGAAUAUAAAGUAAUAUGAUUGA